UUCGGUGUGAAGCACAGCUGAUCGAUGAGUCAGGCAGAGAGCAGCCCGAAACGUCCCACUUGUAGCUGCGCAGGAGCGGGGCGGCAGGACGUUGGCGGGCGGACGGACGGACGGACGCAGUGUUCCAUUAGAUCCAUCGACCCGUCGAUGCGUCGCGCUCCUCGGAUCCGAAAGCGUCAAUUUACCGGCGGAUCCCCGCAGGCUGCACAGCGGCUUCAGGGCUCGAUCUCUCCCGCUGCCGCCUCCUGAUCCGCGGCUCCCAGGAAGUCCGCUUUGAUGUCUGCGUCGGCCCCGUGUCCUUCGCCCUGUGGACGCGUCACCCUGGUAUGUGGACUCCUGCUGCUGGCCUCCUCCCCGCUCCUCACAGCAGGCCGACUGAGUAACUGCACCCACCCGCUGGUGCUGGAGCACGGAGGGUUCCGCUGUGAUCCGUCGCCAUGUCGGGGUUUUCCCCUCAAGAGCUCCAUUCACUUCUUCUGCGAGCCCGGCUACCACAUCAACAACAAGGUCCGCGUGUCCAGGUGUCGCCAUGGGAGGUGGCAGCCCCCGAUCCCCGCCUGCAUCCCCAACCGAGAGGGUCCCAACAUGCGCUCUGACGACAGAGUCAACAAUUCAAUGCCCAGCAUGGCCACGACAGCAGUGGGCGUGUCCAUCUUCCUGCUGACCACCACCGCCUGCCUGGUGGUCAAGUCCCGCCUUAUCCCGUGUCAAUCACACAGCCGGCGCUCUUCAGACCAGCUGGACCUGAUGGUGGACGGACUUCCCGUCUCCCUCCCCUCCUACGAGGAGGCGAUGUACAGCAGCUGGGGGCAGCGCCUCCCCGCCUUCUCAGCGCCGGGGGGCCCCACCCAGCUCCUACUGGCUCAAGAGGCUCCCAGCUGUCACCCAGCGGCUCUCAACAAUCAAGACAGCAGCAACCGCCCCCCCCUGCCCAGCCCCGACAACCCGCCGCCCCCGUACGAGGAGGUGCAGUCGUCACAACAUAGGGACAGGAUGGGGGACGGGGACAUCCGGCCGCUCCGCGUCGCGUUUUCAGAUGACAAGGACACUUGAUUGACAGACUGCAGGGUUUACAUGUGAUUACGUGUUUAGCAAUGAAGGAUUUUGAUUGACAGCUGCGGUGUAAAAAUACAUCCAGUACUGCACUUUUUCUGACUGGCUGCAGCUCACCAGCAUCACAUGCUAAUUUAGAAAAAGCUGAUAAGCUCUGAUUGGCCGGCAGUGAGGUCACAAAGACCUGAACCAUUUCUACGGGAGGUAUUGAUUGUAAAGUGUGUCUAUUGAAUGUGACACAAGGGCACUUGUGCUUUAUGCCGAAACCUUUAGCUCCCGAAUGCCUUAUUUUUAGUGUGAUGACAGUACGUUUUAUUGGAAUUAUGAGUGUGUUUCUGGAGUCGGUGAGAGUGUGGAUUGUGCUGUUGCAGUACAAAAAUCCUGUGCGUUUCCACGGCAACUGACUCCAUCUCUAUCUGAAUCUACCUUUGGUAAAGUGUUUCUCUUGGUGGUGUUGAUUUAAAGCCAGCGUGGUGCACAGUGAAGGUACUAAUAACAUGCUCGUGUGCGGACACUAGGACGGUAGAUUGUGACAAACAAGCACCAUUUUGUGAUAUUUAUUUUGUGUAUAUCAAAUAUUUAGAGAAGUUACAAUGAUCGGAUGUGUUCAUUUACUGGUGAGUGAAGGAAAAUUUUAUAUUUUGAUUAAUUGAAAUGUCUAAUCAAGAGAAUAUAACAUUAUUGUGCAUUUGCUCCAUCAGUGGAGACUCACAAAGACGACAAACAGUUUUCAUUCUGGACCAAAUAACCCCAAAGUGCGUGCGUGCGUGCGUGCGCAUGCAUCUUCACUUCACCUGGCUACUUCCCCCUCUAGCCUCUGCAGAGCGACCAACGCCUUUACAGACCUUGAAUGUAUUUUAUGUUUCAUAUUGUGGCAACAAAUCCUAACUGGAUUGUAAUAUUUACUAAAAGAUUAUUUGUACAUUUGUGUUAUUGCACAGAAUUAUAUGAUCAAUAAAUGUUGACGUUUGA